AUUUAAUUUGUAGGCUUGAGAGUUAGUAGGUGGGGAAGGUUUGUUGUUGUUGGUGAGAUCAAGUUUUAUUUCAAUAUAUAUAAUACUCGUAUAAAUUAUAAAAUUUCUUCUUUUAAAAAACAUUGAUCAGAAUUCGUAUUAUUUAGAGUUCUUUUAUUUACAUUUAAAAGUUUAUUAAUGUGACGAAUAUGCCACAUUGAGACUGCUCGCAUGAGUUGUUCAUUAUUGGUGCGGUGUAACUCAUUCCACGCAGCCGCCGGCUUUCAACUUCUCUAUAUUUUUAUUCAUUCAAUCGUUUCUUCUCUCAAACGCCAUUUUCCGGAGCUUCUUUAAAUCUCCGUCCUUUGCUUCCUAUAGGGUUCUACCAUGGUCACCUGGAUUUGAAAUCUUUGUUUUACUCUCAGCCUUGGUCGGUCGGUGAUGCUUGGCGUACUCUGUGCACGUCCCAAGCCAUGGAUUUUGGCGGCGCUCUCGUUGUUCCAUGCUCAUGGAUCGACGGCGGUGCAUAAUCGGUUUGCCGGCAGUCCAAUUCGGUCAGUACUCGUCAACGGCGAUGAUCAUCGGCGGUUUCACCACUCCACCGCUUGCAGAUUCAGCAGCGCCAAUGCUAAGCAGGGCGGCGCCGCGUCCAUAUGGCACGCGAUUCUGCCUGCUCGCGGCGGCCGGAAGAGUAUCUCGAGUAGGUCCGCUGUUUUUCACCGUCACAACUGUGAGCUGACGAAGAAGGGAGGCGAAGGUUCGUGGAAUGCGGCGUGGGAUGCGAGGCCGGCGCGGUGGCUGCAGAAUCCCAACUCCGCCUGGCUCCUCUUUGGCGUCUGCCCCUGCUUAGCGGCGCCCCCGCCCUUUCUCGAUCUUCCCGAGGCUAAUUCCGAGGCUGCCAUUUCUCCCCAAGGCCAAGCCGGUAUCCUAAGCUCCGAUUCAUCCGGCCACACCCCUUCCAAUUACACAGUCACAGGAGUUCCAGCAGAUGGUAGAUGCUUAUUCAGAGCCAUAGCACACUUGGCUUGCUUAAGGAAUGGGGAGGAAGCUCCUGACGAGAAUAGGCAGAGGGAUUUGGCUGAUGAAUUAAGAGCUAAUGUUGUUAAUGAGCUGCUGCAAAGGCGUGAAGAAGCUGAAUGCUUCAUAGAAGGAGACUUUGAUGCAUAUGUUAAAACAAUUGAGAAGACAUAUGCAUGGGGUGGUGAACCAGAGCUGCGGAUGGCUUCUCAUGUCCUCAAGUCCCCAAUUUCGGUUUUCAUGGUAGAUAGAAUCUCGGAGAACUUGAUAAACAUUUCGAACUAUGGUGAAGAAUAUGCUAAGGAUGGAGAAAAUCCCAUCACUGUUUUGUUUCAUGGUUAUGGUCACUAUGACAUAUUGGAGAUCAAGCCAGAGCUGUAAGGUAGAAUCAAAGGGGGUGCAGUGACAUAAUACAGAUUUUUUUAUUGAUUGCAUAAAGAUUAAAGAGGUCGGUAAAGAUUAAAAUAUGGGUUUCGAGUAUACAUCCAAGAAGAAAAAACUUAAGUUCUUUUCCUAGUCAGUUGAUGAUUAUCUUGUUUGUGGCUUUAUUGAUUUAUUGUAUUGACAUUUUUUUAAAGGUAGGGCUGUGACAAUUUUGUAGAUUUGGCCAUCUGUUUCUAGUUGGCAGUUGGAAAAUUUGAACUUGAAGAUGUUGUUAAUAAAGCACCCCCUUCUCUGGUAUCACCUUUGAAUGCCAAGUCUUUAGUUUGAAAGGUUGUCUUGAAAUUUUUGUGUUGAAUGGGAAGUGAAAUAUGGUAUAUAUAGAAGAUCGGUAUGGUGAAUUUAGAGUGAUUACAGAAUGUGGCAAUUUGUAGUUUCAAAUCAAGUGUCAAUAUGUCAGUUGAUUUGUAGAUCUAUGGGGUCCUACAUUCAUAAACUGAUACUACGUACUACUAUUAUGCAUGCUAUCACCCCAAAGCCGAGAAUUCUACUUGGUCAAAUGUAACAUAGGGCCAGUACCAAACAAAUUUACGAAGACAAUGUUUUUGUGUAUGGGCAAAAAAGUUAUACUAGAAUGCAAAUAUUUCUUAUCAGUGAUC